UAACUCUGUCUGUCUGUCAUUCAGAUCUGUUUUUAUUUUCGAUUACAAGCAGCAAGCAGUGUAAUUUUGAGAACUUUGAAUUUUGAUUAUUUUAUUUUAGUUAUUGUGUAGUAUAGUUGAACACAAUAUUAUUAAUUGAAGUAUAAAGGGUUUUCUAUUUGUUAGAAUAGUCAUAAAUUAAAAUGCUAAAGAUAAAUUUAUUUAUGUCAUCGUUAUUUCCUAAAAAUAAUAUUCCAAGAAUAAUGAACAACUUUUCAUUAGCUAAAUAUUCACAAAACCCACCUUCUGACACCGAGGAAAAUGUGACAAAAGCAGAAUCUAAAAGGUUGGCAGAAUUUCGAAAAAAGUUAAGAGAGACUACACCUAUAAAAGAUUUGGGAGAGCAAGCUGAUUUUUCUCCACCUAAAGAAGAUGCUUUGCCUGCUUGGCCUAAUGACACAAAUCCUCAUACUGGAGAGAUUGGUGGCCCAAGAGGCCCAGAGCCAACUAGAUUUGGCGACUGGGAGCGGAAGGGAAGAGUAUCAGACUUUUAAAAAUUUCAUAGAAUUAUAAAGCUUAGUAAUAGUAGAUAAAUUGUUAUAUUGUUUUGUUAAUACUGAGUUUCAAGGUUGAAGAAUAAAGAUACAUUUUUCAAGAGAUGCAGCAUUAUAUACUUUAGGAUGGUAAAAAGAAAAUUAAAUGAGUUUUAUUCUUCUAAA